AAAACCCCCGUCCACGACAAUGCCCACGUAUAUGCUCUUCACCGUCUGGUUCCUCCUGUGUAUCCCCGGUUCGGUUCACCUGGUUCGAGCUUUAAACGAAAUGGGAGUCACUAUUCAUCCCGAAGAAGCGGAAGCCUUAACUUCAAUAUUGGCGGCUUGGAAUAUCCAAGCGCCACAGGAAUGGAACAUAAGUGGCGAACUUUGUUCCGGCAUUGCCAUUAACGACAUCAUCAUCAUCGACGACCAAGCUCACAACCCUCUUAUCAAAUGCGACUGCAGUUUCAACGAGUCUACAAUCUGCCGCAUCACCGCCCUAAAGGUUUAUAAGUUGAAUGUUGUAGGACCUAUACCUCCCCAGCUCUGGACUUUGACAUACCUCACAAACCUGAACCUAGCUCAAAAUUUUCUUUCAGGCCCUCUCUCUCCUGCAAUUGGAAAGUUGGUUCGAAUGGAAUGGCUAACUUUUGGAAUCAAUGCUCUGUCUGGCCCCUUCCCCAAGGAAAUUGGUUUGCUUAAAGAGUUGAAAUCACUUAGUAUUGGUCUAAAUAACUUUUCCGGUUCUAUACCAGCUGAGAUUGGGAAUAUUAAAAACCUACAGAAAAUAUACUUAUCAAAUUCUGGACUUACAGGGCAAAUACCUUCAUCAUUUGCAAGUCUUGUAAACCUGCAAGAAGCUUUGAUCACCGAUCUGGACAUUACUGGUCGGAUACCGGAGAAAAUUCUCGGAACUGGUUUGAGCGGUCCGAUACCGUCGUCAUUUUCCAACUUAACUUCUUUGGGCGAACUGAAUCUUGGUGAUAUAUCUAACGGAAGCUCUUCCCUUGAAUUCGUUAAAGACAUGAAAUCUCUAACUAUAUUAGUAUUGAGGAACAACAAUCUCACUGGGACAAUACCCUCUAGUUUUGGGGAAUACUUAAGUCUACAACAAGUUGAUUUAAGCUUUAACAAACUACAUGGACCAAUUCCAGACUCACUUUUCAACUUAAGUCAACUAACUCACUUAGAUGUUUCGUAUAAUGAUUUGGCUGGUACUCUGCCUUCAUGGGUCAGCUUACCAAACUUGAAACUCAACCUUGUUGCUAACAACUUCGACUUGGAAGGUCUUGAUAAGAGGGUUUUACCAGGACUAAAGUGCCUGCAGAAGAACUUCCCCUGCAAUCGAGGCAAAGGAAUCUAUUCUGACUUUUCCAUCAAGUGCGGAGGGCCACAGAUACGAUCGACCAUUACAGGAAAAGUAUUUGAGAGGGAGGACGAGGAUCUUGGAUCAUCUUCAUUUUUCGUGAAUGAUGUAAACAGAUGGGCAACCAGUAGUGUAGGACUUUAUGCCGGGAAUAUCAAUAAUAUAUGGGUUAUCAACAGUUUGGACGGAGAACUUUUUCAGACAGCAAGACGUUCUUCAUCUUCACUAAGAUACUAUGGGUUAGGGCUAGAAAAUGGAGGCUAUACCGUACAACUUCAGUUUGCUGAAAUCGAAAUCCUUGGUUCUAAGGAUUGGAAAGGUUUAGGAAGAAGACGUUUUGACAUAUAUAUUCAGGGAAGACUUGUUGAAAAGGACAUUGAUAUACGCCAAACAGAUGAUGAUACUACUGUCCGACCAGUUCAGAGAGAAUAUAAAGCAGAUGUAAUGGAAAAUUAUCUGGAAGUUCAUCUUUUCUGGGCUGGAAGAGGAACAUUUACUGUUCCUACUAUAGGUACUUGUGGGCCACUAAUAUCGACCAUCAGUGCCAAACCAGAUUUUAUACCAACUGUGAGCAACAGACCACCAUCAAAGAAAAAAUAUAGGACGGGUACUGUUGUGGGUGCUAGUGUUGGCCUAGGACUUUUAAGCAUCAUUGCAGGCGUGGUUAUCUUCAUCAUUCGAAAAAGCAGAAAGCGUUACACAGAUGAUGCAGAGCUACUUAAUAUGGACGUAAAGCCUUACACUUUCGCUUACUCUGAACUUAAAAGUGCCACUGAAGAUUUCAAUCUCUCAAAUAAACUUGGAGAGGGAGGAUUUGGGUCUGUUUAUAAGGGGAACCUGGCUGAUGGAAGAGAAAUCGCUGUGAAAGUGUUGUCGGUUGGAUCUCAACACGGGAAGGGACAAUUUACUGCAGAAAUAAUUGCGAUUUCUUCAGUUAUGCAUCGCAACCUAGUAAAGCUUUAUGGGUGCUGCUAUGAAGGAGAUCAUCGCGUGCUCGUAUAUGAGUAUCUUCCAAAUGGAAGUCUUGAUCAUGCUCUAUUUGGAGGGAUUUUACAUCUUGAUUGGUCAACCCAUUUUGAGAUAUGCAUAGGAGUAGCCAGAGGUCUAGCCUACCUCCAUGAGGAGGCGAGUGUUCGUAUAGUACACAGGGAUGUGAAGGCCAGCAACAUUUUGCUUGACUCUAAGCUGCACCCAAAAAUUUCUGAUUUUGGGCUUGCAAGGCUAUACGAUGAAAAGAAAAGCCACAUAAGUACCCGAGUGGCAGGAACCAUUGGAUAUGUUGUGCCGGAGUAUGCCAUGCGUGGGCACCUAACAGAGAAAACAUAUGUUUAUGCUUUUGGUAUUGUUGCUCUUGAGCUGGUUAGUGGAAGGAAAAAUUCGGAUAUGAACGUGGGAAAUGAGAGGAAAUAUCUUCUUGAAUGGGCAUGGAAUCUACACGAGAAUAGGCGUGAAGUUGAACUAAUUGAUCAAGCCCUUACUGAAUUCAACAUGGAAGAAGUAAAACGUGUGAUAGGAAUUGCUCUACUGUGCACAUACUCAUCUCAUUCCCUGAGACCACCGAUGUCCAAAGUGGUGGCUAUGCUUUCAGGAGACACAGAGGUCAGUGAGGUAACCUCUAAGCUAGGCUGCCUAACCGACUGGAGAUCUGAUGACACCUCAAGCUAUUCUUUUAGCGCCUUUCAAACUAAAGAAACAGGCGUUUCUGCAUAUAACUCGAUGAGCUUUGUGAUGCCAAGUGACAACGACUUUAAACAAAUGCUCGGAGUCAAGAUCAAUGAGGGGAGAUGAUAAUCUCGGUUCUAUCUAUUAUGGUCUAUACAUGUGUAUGUAACUAUAAUGAAGAUCAACUUCAUGUAAGGUAUUCUCUUGGUCUGUAUCUUAAAUAGUUGUAAAACCCCAUGUUUUGAAUCUACCAUACAUGAUUUACA